AGAGGAGGAGUGUUUUACACACAGUGCUCUUUCGGGAAUGCAUUACCUCCCUUUCUACUUCCUAGAUAGUGACAGAGAGACAAAGAUAGCGUAAAAAGACACCAUUUUUAACUGAGGAUCGCUGAACAACCUACGACACACACACCUGCGGACAUACUCAUUAUACAAACAUGCAGUUGAGGAUUCCUUGAGUCUGUCACCACCUCUGCCUCCUCUGUGACUCUUGGUCAUGGCUGUAGUCGUUUGGGGAGUCACUGUGCUGUGGGUGAGGAACUCUGCAGUACCACAGUGAAAUACAGGCAUGUCUCUGGGGCUGGACAAAGACGCAUCAGGCAAUGUGUUCUUCUAAUCUUGGACACUUGAACGUAACAGUUGAACUCACAAACCAGGGACUCUGAAUCAUUUUUCGGCUGCAGGAUUUUUCCUUGGAAAAAUAGUCUACUUUGAAAAUGUCUAAAAGUCAGAUUCAUCUCAAUGCUCCACUUGUGACAGUGGGACCGUGGAGGAGACACAGCGAAACCACAGAUUUAUUUGAAAUGAUUGAGAAGAUGCAGGGCAACAGAAUGGAGGAGCAGCGAUACACCUUUCCUCCCCCACUCAAAACUGAAGAGGACUACAUUCCUUACCCCAGUGUCCAUGAGGUGUUGGGGAGAAAGAGUGGGUUCCCACUGAUUCUGCUGCCUCAGUUUGGGGGUUACUGGAUCGAGGGCAACAACCAUGAGCUUGGUGACAGUGCUGAGCCAGACCAGAUCCAGCCUCUGUCCCCCACCACACACAAGCUGGAGAGUAACUCCACCACCAAGAUGUACAGGAAGCACUUUCUGGGCAAGGAGCACUUGAAUUACUACUCAGUGGACGGAACUCUGGGACAUCUGGUGUUGUCCAUGAAGUAUGACGAGAUCGGAGACCAGGAAGACCUCCGCCUCAUGCUCAGGACCAAACUGGAGACAUACCAUGAUGUUAUCCCCAUAUCCUGUCUCACAGAGUUCCCUAACGUGGUGCAGAUGGCCAAGCUUGUCUGUGAAGAGGUGAAUGUGGAUCGUUUUUACCCUGUCCUCUACCCAAAAGCUUCAAGACUCAUUGUCAAUUUUGAUGAACACAUUAUAAGCAACAACUUCAAGUUCGGAGUCAUCUACCAGAAAUUUGGACAGACAUCAGAAGAAGAGCUGUUUGGGAACAGUGUUGAGAGUCCUGCCUUUGUUGAAUUCCUAGAGUUUCUGGGGGAGAAGGUCGACCUGUAUGACUUCAAAGGGUUUCGUGGUGGGUUGGAUGUGACCCACGGGCAGACAGGAUCUGAGUCCGUCUACCACAACUACCGCAACAAGGAGGUCAUGUUUCAUGUGUCCACCAAGCUGCCUUACACUGAGGGGGACACACAACAGUUGCAGAGGAAGAGGCACAUAGGGAAUGACAUUGUGGCCAUAGUGUUCCAGGAGGAAAGCACUCCGUUCGUACCAGAUAUGAUCGCCUCCAACUUCCUCCAUUCCUACGUAGUGGUGCAGGUGGAGAACGCCUGCACUGGUGAUGUACUGUACAAGGUGUCAGUGACGGCGAGAAAUGACGUACCUUUCUUUGGACCACCCCUGCCAGACCCGGCUGUCUUUAGAAAAGGUCCAGAAUUCCAGGAGUUCCUCUUCACGAAGCUCAUCAAUGCUGAGUAUGCCUGCUAUAAAGCUGAGAAAUUUGCCAAACUGAAGGAGCGUACACGGGCAGCCUUACUGGAGACAUUGUAUGAGGACUUGCACAUCAACAGCCAGGCCAUGAUGGGUCUGGGAAGAGAUGAGGACAAGAUGGAGAAUGGGUCCGGAGGAGGAGGGGGCUUCUUUGAAACCUUUAAGUCAUUGCUUGUCCCAGGGAAAAGUCCCAGUAAACAUGGACGUCGAGGCAGUGCCAUAGGGAUAGGAACAGUAGAAGAGUCUCUGAUCAUCCCUGGGAAGAGUCCAACCAGGAAAAAGUCUGGUCCCUUUAGCUCCAGACGUAGCAGUGCCAUCGGUAUUGAGAAUAUCCAGGAAGUCCACCAGAAAAUCAGCAGCCACAGCGGUAGGGAGUGUUUACCUGGCACACAGAAGACUCCUGACAGUGACCAUGCCUCUCAGGACCCCAAGUCUGAGAACUCCUCCAAUCAAAGCUCACCAGAAGUGCUCAUUACAAAGAACAUUUUUGCGCUUUGUAACAACAGGGCUCAGUCUAUCCCUGAGGGUCACGACCUUUCCCGCUCCUCCUCCAAUGACAGCAGCUUCGCCAGUGUGGUGGAGGAGAACGAGACUGAGGCCACAGAGGACUAUGACACUGGCAUGGAGAGCCUGUCAUCAUCGGGGACGCCACACAAGCAGGACUCGUUAACCUACAGCACAUGGCUAGAGGACAGUAUGAGCAGCACAAGCACCACCAGCCGAGGCAGCUCGCCAGGUCCUGGUCAACUUGAUGGGGGUAAAGGGUCAGAGAUCCGCAUUAAACUGGACCGGCCAAAAGAUAGUCGGUCCUCAUCGCAUUCCCAUAAGACACAAUCCUUCUGGGAGGUGAGACGAGCACAGGCUUUCGCCGUAACCAAGGAUGACGAUGAGGAUGAGGUGGACCCUGGAUAGUCUGCUAGUCAGUGAGGCCAGACCACCCAUUCCCAGAAGCCCCGGCGGUGGUGUUGGUGGUGUCGUACCAGGAGAGGAAGUCAAACACAGAGGCGCCAACUUUUGCACAGUGUCGUUUCGUUCUGCUCACUCCCUCGCCUCUGUCUGUACACACAUCUUCUGCCUGGUUUUGUGUAAAUAGGUGUAUUUGUCUCAGUGAACAAAUGGUACCUUUGGUUCAGUUUUGUUGACGCCUACUGUAUGUAGACACGUGGAUCACAUGGUAGCUAUGGCAACAUUGAACUCUGCCAGAGACUUUGGGAGGGGCAUGUUGGUAUAGUCACAUGGAUUGUACAAUGUAGUGACAGUAGCACUGCCUGAAAAAAUCUAUUAAUUGAACCUAUUUCAUUCCAAAUACCAAAUAUCCAACAACAAAUAUAUGUGCAUUUUUAAUUGUAGGUUAUGUUGAAUACAGUUGAAUGUGGUAGUGAUUUUACAGGUAAAGUCAUUGUAAUUUGUCUAUUAGCCAUAGCUUUAACUGUACAGCCAAAAACAGUUGCUUUGACAGUGAAUAUUUUCUUCUGAAUAUACAAUAGCUGGGAUAUUGUCAUCACAAUAUACAAUGUACUUCAAGCCUUGCCUGCUCAUACUGUAAAUGAAAUUGAAGAUAGAUAUGUAACCAGAAAGAAUGGACAUAGCCUUAAACUUUUCAAACACAGUUUUUCUAUACCUUCAUAAUUCAUUUCUACCGUUAUCACAACAUGGCCAGAAGCAGCCAGUAAUUGGACAAUGCGUGGUUUCAGAUUACAUGGAUAUGGGGAAGUUCUGUUUUAUGUUCCACACUGUUUUUGCACACAGGAUGCUCAUUGCUAACUGGUACCUAUUUAUUAUUGUGAACCACCGUACAUUUGUAUCAUUGUAAGCUAACAGGCAAUGUUAGCUUUGUUCUUCCUGUCCUCAGAAACAGCUCUCUGUUAUGAUGUGUAUCAAGCAGGUUACUGAGGUCGGGUAUGUAGAAAUGUGUUGAUGACUACAAGGGUAAUUCAUAACUGUAUUGGAUAAUCUACUGUAUUAGUCCAUCUAAUCAACUUGUCUGCCGAUCUACAGUACUCUACAUAACAAAUCCUGUAGCUUAAGUGUUGCCAUCAGUACCGUGGAAGAAAAACAUGUUUGUAUAUAUUUAUUUGGUUUUAUUUGGGGAUGAGAUGGGGCACCACUGUAUGCCUAUUAUUAUACAGUAUAUUUCACUGUUUUAUAAAACAUUCUUAGGCUGUUGAUAGAUUGAUAAUGUACAGAGAUGAAUACUUCAGUUUGUGCCUGUUAUAUAGAGUAUAGUCCUACCCACCAUGGAACCUCAGAUGACACUACAUGCCAGAUCUACUGUAGCCCAACAAUGACAUUUCUUUAAGUGGAAAUCCUGAUUGUGUCAUACAGUAAGUUAUACAUAAUAAAUACAACCCUGUUUAUUCUAUUGAGUACUGCCAAAUGUUCACAUUGUGUGCCAUCUUUUUAUUACUGGUGCUGUUAGCUUUCAAGUACAAUUUGAAAAUAAGUUUGAAAAUAAACAAAAACUAGCCCA